CAUGACGCACAGGGCCGUCACCCCCGGUUAACGUAUUACGAAUUUGCGCGGGUUGCUGUUGGAGUUUGCUGUCAUUUGUUGUCAGCUCGAAGAACUACACAUAAACUGGUUUACUGGAGAUCUUCAAACCACUUGGAAGUCGUCAACAUGUCAAAGCGAGAGGCUUUUUUAGAGGCUGCCUCUAAGGAACAUGUAGAGGACUUCCUUCGCUUCAUCCAACUCCAUAAAGACAAAACCGAGCCUUUCGAUGUGGAGGAGGUCGUGCAGGAGAUGCCCCGGGACCAGAGACAGACUCUGUGGGGAAAACUGGCUUCACUUCUGCAGGACGUCUUGCAGGAGUUACCUCCUGAGCGCUGGGAGGAGCCCACGGAGGAGCCCAGGGAGGAGGGCAUGGAAGUAGAGUCUGCUGCUGACCCUAAACAUGUCAUGGCUGUUGUGGAUGGUGUGACACUUGUGGCUUCAGCUUCUGUAAAGGUCCUACAGGAUGGUGACAGCUACACUGCCCUGCUGAAAACUGCACACAAGCUUCAUGCUGUCCUGGAGUCGCUGCCUGUCUCGGAGGGACCUCUGCAGCUCCUCAUCCACAAUCUGUGUGAAGCCUGGUGGAAGAAAGGCCUGAAGGAGAAGGAAAAGUUUGGUCGCACCGCUUUCCUCAUCUCCCUUCAGAAGAGCUUCAUUUUAAAGAAACCGAGUGUUGAGAUCCAGAGAGUGUGGAGUCUGCAUGACGUGCUUUUGAGUCUGGACUACACGGCAGAGGACAACAGGCAGAUAAUCGACCUGUUGAUUCAGUGUUUUCAUCGACCUAUUUACAUCAGAAAUGAUGACGGAAAGCGAUUCCUGGUCUUUCUUUUCAGCUGGAACGUCAACUUCAUCUGGGUGAUCCACGGCACCAUCAAGAACCAGCUGGAGUUCUACAGCAAGACCAUGACUGCUCACAUCAUGGAGAUCUACUUCAGAGCGUGGAAGAAGGCGAGUGGGGACUUUCUGGAGCAGAUUGAGAGCUCGUGCAUUCAGGAUUUUAUGCAGAAUGCCAUCUUCCUUCAUCGAUCAUCUCCUGUGUACACCAAAGUCCGACAGAUUGUGAGUUAUUUCCACACAAGGAAAAGCUGUCACCAGGUGGACAAGAUGCUCUAUAACCUCUACAAGCCCAUUCUCUGGAAAGCUCUGAGUGCUCCAAACUUUGAGGUGCGUGCGAAUGCUACUCUGCUUUUCACCGAGGCGUUCCCGAUCCACAACCCGGAGCAGAACAACAAGAACAUAGAUGAGACCAUUCAGAAGCAGCUGGACACAACGAUGGGCCUCCUCGAUGACCCCCACCCCACUGUGCGCUCCAACGCAACCCUCGGAGUCUGUAAGAUCCUGGCUAAAUGCUGGGAGCUCCUCCCUCCUGUAAUCAUCACAGACUUCCUGAAGAAGCUGGUGAUGGAGCUUGCAGUUGACAGCAGCUCUGCUGAUGUCCGAUGCUCUGUCUUUAAGUGCCUGAUCAUUGUCUUGGACAACGCCCUCAGUCAUCCAAUAUUGGAGAAACUGCUGCCCACUCUGAAGUACAGCCUUCACGACAACUCGGAGAAAGUCCGCACAGCUUUCCUGGACAUGCUCAUCAAGGUUAAAGCAGUGCGCGCAGCCAAGUUUUGGGACGUGUGUAACAUGGAACACCUGCUGGCCCGCCUCGCUAUCGACUCCCAUUCAGUCUCCAAACGCAUCGUGGACCUGCUCUUCAAGUCCUUCUUCCCCGUCAACGAGCCGGAGCGGGAGUGGUGCUGUCGCUGCAUCACGCUCAUCCAAAUGAACCCCAUGGCUGCCAGGAAGUUCUACCAGUACGCCCACAAACACACAGCCCCCACCAACAUCAUAAAGCUGAUGUUGGCGAUACGUCGGGUUCUGAACAGCUGCAUCCAGAGCAACAACGCCAACGACCUGUCUGAGAUCAAUGAGAGCAACAAGGAGAACAGCGCACAGGCUGAACCUCUGCUGGGGAAGGACACGGCCAUCACGUCCCGUCUGCUGGAGGUCGUGGUGAUUCUGUGGAGGAGUGUUGAGAAGGCGCUGAAGCUGAACGAAGAGGCCCAGAAGUAUACGUUCGCCAAGUUUGGAAGUGUCAUGUCCAAAUAUUUCCACACCUUUGAGGAUGAACAGUGCAUGGUUCCUCUCGUACAACUCGCCUCAUUAAUGCCUCCAGCUGCAGUUCCGACCUUCAGCUGUGGCGUUCUGUCCAGACUGCGGAGGAUGGAGUCAGGAGCAACACCUGCACAGUACAGCCAGUUGUUGGACUGCAUGUGCAGCUGGGGCCAGGCGGCUGAUGUCCUCGAGCUGGUCACCGACUGGCUCACCGAGGCUCUGCCUAAACAAGGGGACAACGGGAGCAGCAGUCGAAAGGUGCGUAUCAUGGAAACGGUGGAGGCCAAGCCGGUCCUGGCUCUGGCUUAUCUUGAGUAUCUGUUCAGCCACACAUCAACACGGGAGAAAGUCCUCGCUCUUGGUGAGCGGCCUCUGAAGCAGCUCCACACAGUUCUAGGAAACUGGAAGUCAGUGCUGUACAUGCACCUCAGCUCCACCACUGACAAUCCUAAAAGUCCCGACGUGGAGACCGCACUGAAAGUCUUCGUGUACCACAGUCGGCUCGGUGCUCAUCUGCAGCAUUACUCCUCAGAGGGUCGAGACUACCUGCAGUCUCUGGAGCACGUUGCAGCGUGGGUAGCUGAGAGGGUUCUGCCCUUCCUGACUAAACCUGUCAGUGAAGACGAUGAGGACAAGGACUCAGAGAAACAACAUCCACUGGCUGCACAGAUAACUGAGAGUUUCCUGGCGGUGUGCCGAGACGUUUUUCUCGUUGGUCUGAGCGACGAGACGUUCAAAGGUCAAAUCCUCCACCUGUGCUCGCUCACACUCCUCUCAGAGGCAGGCUACCUGUGUAUCCCUGCAGUUCUGCCCAUUCUGAAGGAGGUGGCAGACGGCUGUGUACCCGAAGACGACAACCAGGCUCAGGAAAAUCAGGAGGACCCAACUGAUGUCAUUCUGGGAGUGGUGGCCAACAUCUUCCAGAAAGUCAUAGAGCUGUUAGCUCGUGUCCUCAGGAAGGAUCCAGAGACAGGGAAACAGCUGUGUCAGUCAGCUGUUCCCGGCCUCACAGACUUCCUCCAGGUGGCUCAGACCUGCGACAGAGCGCCUCUCUGCGGCGUCUUUUCUACUCUUUUUGCCAUCAUCGUCGUGGAGAAGAGACAUCUGCUUCAGAAGAUAACCAAUCCUGAAGAGGUGAUCACACCAGAGUCAGCGGAGGACAUGCCUCCUCUGUCCAGUGUCCUGCUGUCUGUCAUCCUAAAAUCACCUUCUGUUACCAGAGCGUUUUUGACAGAAGUGAGCUCGUCCUUGGACUCUGAAGCCAUCAGCAGUCUGCAUGAACUUGCUGCCGUCCUCCACGUCCUGGUGUCUGUCAAACACACAGGUCAGUCUAAAGUGAGUCUGAAGAGCGCAGCCACAUCAGUCCAGCAGCAGCUUCACAAACACGCCGUCACGUCUACAGACAUCCAGAGGGUUAUUUAUGAAUCUUCUGUGAAGACCUUGAAUGAGAUUCUGGAUUAUAGGACGUCGUAUCAGAUAUGAAAUAUCUGCCUCAUCAAUCUAAGGAGAGCGGUUUUUAUCUCUGCUUUGCUUUUGCUGUUACAGACUUGAAGCUGCUGGCAGGAAAACAAAGACUGAAACAAGUAUUAUGAAUUUGGUGGGUGGGAUUUGAAAGCAUAUUGGUGUGGAUUACAAGUGUCUGUUUGUUUUCAUGUUUAUUUCACAUUGGUCCAACUCCUUUGUGCUUUCUUUCUUUCUUUCUUUCUUUCUUUCUUUCUUUCUUUCUUUCUUUCUUUCUUUCUGAAUUGAUCAUGUUAGAAAAUAUGGACUUACUUCUCCAGACUGCAGAAACUGUGUGUCUUGGAUUAAAGUGGCAUCUUCUCUAAAGCUUUCUCUCUACACCUCUCAAAUAUUUUGUAACAAUCUCACAGGAAAACAUAUAUUUUUUCACGUUUCAAUGUCUCUGUGUGUACCUGUUGUUCUGUCAGCAUUCUGGCUGCAGUGUGCGGCUCAUAAGAAUAAAACAUACUGUAUUGAUCAUG